UCUCAGCCUCAGUUGCUUGAUGUGCAGAAUAGGGAGAGAUCGAGAGGAAUCCGUGAGAUGAUGAAUGCAGGGCAUCUAACGCAGGGGCAGGGCGUGGGUCACUGCACCCACCGACCCUGCCGCACGCUCUUAGGCAAGCUCUAACUCUCGGCGCCUGUUUCCUCUUGGGCACGAGAGGACCACCAAGGACAGUGCUUCUCAGGUCGUUCUCAGGAAUAAACGUGUCCGUGUAUAUACAUAACGUGUGUAUGUAAAGCACUAAGAACCGUGCCCACAGUUAGCUGGGGUUGCUGCUUUGACUGUUGGGCAGCGGGGAGGGCGGUGGGCUGGAGGCGGGGCCAAGCCAGGAAGGCCCUGGAGAAUCGGGGUGCUCCCUCCUCCGUCCUGCAGCUUUAGGGUCUGGGUUCAGGGAGUCAGGGCCCGCUGUUCUUAGAGACUCCCGCCCGCUCCUCCACACCCAGGGUGGUAGGGGUCCGCGCCCAGCGCUGAGUCGGCCUUCAAGGCCCCAUCCUCGGGCCUCCGCGGAGGGCGGAGCCCCUGAGCCCGUCACCCCGCCCCCAUCCCCGCCCCCGCGCGCUGCGGGCCCGGGGCGCUGAGAGGGGCUCUGGGCUGAGCGCGGAAACCUUGAGCCCGCAGCGACCCCGGGGAGGGCGAGGCUCACUGAGUGCCCCCACCCUGGGCGGCAGGGUCGGGUCGGGUGUCUGUGCAGGGAACCCAGGAGGUCCUGGCCUAUGGCUGUGGGCGGAAGGAGCCUCUCCCCAGCCAUGGACAGCCCCAGUCUUCGAGAGCUCCAACAGCCCCUACUGGUGGGUGGUGAGCUUCCCAUCCAGAAGUCCAGUGAGCCUGAGCUGGGGCCUCCCUUUCGAGAGACAGCCUUUGCGGAAUCGCUGAAGGGUUGGCAGUUUCUGCCACCAUCUCUUCCUUCUGUGAGUGCAGGACUAGGGGAGCCAGGGACCCCCGACUUUGAGGAUGUCUCAUCCAGUGACAGUGACUCGGACUGGGGCGGGGGCGGCCCCCUCUCCCCGCUGCUGCCCCACGACCACCUCGGCUUGGCUGUCUUUUCCAUGCUGUGCUGUUUCUGGCCCUUGGGCAUCGCCACCUUCUGCCUGGCCCAGAAGACCAACAAGGCUUGGGCCCAGGGGGACGUCCAGGGGGCAGGGGCCGCCUCCCGCCGAGCCUUCCUGCUGGGGGUCCUGGCCGUCGGGCUGGGCGUGUGCACGUACGCGGCCGCCCUGGUGACCCUGGCCGCCUACCUCGCCUCCCGGGACCCGCCCUAGCUGCCCCUGCGGCCCCCGCUGUGAACCCAGAGGCCGGCCGCCCAGCGCGUCUGCGGUCGAAGUGGAGAGUCCCGGCGGACGGGGCAGCAGCGGCAACAUCCAGAAACGGGAGUGGGCUGGGCCGCCCCCUCCCUCCCCACCUUCCUGGAGGCCGCAGAGAGCGAUUAAACACCAGACACUCUUGCCGCCAAA